AAAAAUAAGCAAAUGCAACAACAAAAUUAAGCUUAUAAUUAAGGAUCUAAACUUUAAGAAGAAGAAGAAAGACAACGAUGACAAUAACGGGGGUUGAUGAAAAUGAACAAUCGGAGCAUCAAAAAGCGAUUAACGAUUGGCUUCCGAUAACGUCUAAUCGGACAGCAAAAUGGUGGUAUUCUGCAAUCCAUAAUAUUACGUGUAUGGUUGGUGCUGGUAUCCUUGGUCUUCCUUAUGCCAUGUCUCAACUUGGAUGGGGUCCGGGUGUGACAAUAUUAGUAACGUCAUGGGCAAUAACGUUGUACACACUAUGGCAAAUGGUGGAAAUGCAUGAGAUAGUACCAGGGAAGAGGUUUGAUAGGUAUCACGAAUUAGGGCAAUAUGCAUUUGGUGACAAGGUCGGACUUUGGCUUGUGAUUCCCCAACAAGUUAUUGUUCAGGCGGGUUGUGAUGUGGUGUACAUGGUCACCGCAGGCAGAUCACUGAUGAAGUUCUACAACAUUAGUUGUCCUGAAUGCAAACCCAUCAAGCUCACUUACUUUAUCUUAUUGUUUGCCUUCAUUCAAUUCUUCCUCUCUAACCUACCUAAUUUCAACUCUAUCACUGGUGUCUCCUUUGCUGCUGCUAUUAUGUCCCUCAGUUAUUCUGCGAUUGCUUGGGUGGCAUCAGCAUUGAAGGGGGUACAACCAGACACAGAUUAUGGUAGUAGAUAUCAUACAAAUGCAGGAAGUAUAUUUGGAUUUCUGAGUGGGCUAGGAACAGUAGCAUUCGCAUUUUCAGGACAUAAUGUAGUAUUGGAGAUCCAAGCAACAAUCCCUUCAACACCUGAAAAUCCAUCAAAAACACCAAUGUGGAAAGGAUCUCUACUUGCUUAUAUAGUUGUGGCUCUUUGUUAUUUCCCAAUUGCAUUUGUUGGUUAUCUUGUGUUUGGUAAAAACGUUCAGGAUAACAUCCUUAUCUCACUUGAGAACCCUUCUUGGCUCAUUGCUGCUGCCAAUCUCUUUGUUGUUAUUCAUGUCAUCGGCAGUUAUCAGGUGUUUGCAAUGCCAGUUUUUGACAUGCUCGAGUCUUACCUUGUACUACAAUUGAAAUGCAAACCUAGUAGCAUGCUUCGUGUAAUUACCCGUUCUACAUAUGUUGCGGUUACUAUGUUCAUAGGAAUGGUAUUUCCGUUCUUUGGUUCGCUUUUAAGUGUGUUAGGGGGGAUUGCUUUUGCACCCACCUCUUAUUAUCUUCCUUGCAUAAUAUGGCUAAUAAUAUGCAAACCCAAGAGAUACAGUUUAUCUUGGUUUUGUAACUGGUUUUGCAUCAUUGCUGGCAUGUCAUUGACGAUUUUAGCCCCUAUUGGAGCUAUAAGGGAUAUCAUAGUUCAAUCCAAGAGCUACAAAUUCUUCUCAUGAUGUUUUAAAUAUUUAGUUGUCAUAUUAAUUCAACUUACUUAACUGGAUGAGCCAAAGGCCAACCAUAAGUUUGGAUCUAGCCACCUUUUUUGGGCAGAUCAUCUUGUGGUUUUUAUUUCCAGGUGUACUUAUGUUUAAUGUGGCUCAUUAAUUUGCAUGUAGUUAAAUUGGUUACUGUGAAUUAACUCCCCUCCGUUUUGAUUUAAUGCUUACACUUUACCUCUUUAUGAUUGUCAAUGUAAAUGUUUAAACAUUAAUUAAUAUCUUUAAUUUUAUAUUUGUAAAAAUAUUA